UGUACAGUGUACAUUAAUUGGGGACGGUAUUGAAGUUUUGUUAGCCAUUGAUUAAUAGUAAUUUUUAUUUAAACAAGUGUAUAAUGUUGAGGAAUUCGAAUUACGUGUAUGGCGACCGCUCGCUGAGCGUGCCGGCUGACUUGAAUUUCGGCAGCUACAUUAUUGAUGCUAUUUGGAAACAUGGAGACAAGACGGCUAUGACAAACUGCGCCACCAAUCAGAGCUUAAGUUACCGAGCCAUGGCGGUAGACGCCAUGAAUCUGUCCAUCUCAUUAACAGAGAGGGGAGUCAAAAGAGGAGAUGUGAUCGCCAUCAGCUCUGAGAACAGAAUGGAAUACUUUUCAACGUUGCUGGGUAUAUGCUGUACUGGAGCUACGGUCACCACCACCAACCCAACAUACACGAAAGGUGAACAUAAAUACGUUUUGGACAUUUCUAAACCUAAACUGGUAUUCUGUUCGCCAUACGCGUACAAAGCUCACGGCAAACUAUUCCAUUCGCUGCCGUACAUAAAAUCCGUAGUAGUUUACGGCGAGAGGAUCCCAAAUACAUUAUCUUACGAGGAUCUUAUACGGGGUAACGGUGUUAUCACUCCAGAGAACUUCAUGGCCAAGGACGUUGAAGGUCAAAACGACGCGGCCAUUGUAUUAUAUUCCUCAGGGACCACAGGCUUGCCCAAAGGCGUCAUGCUGACACAUCUUAAUGUCAUAGUGACGUGUCUCGUAGCUCCGUCGGUGGAUCCCAACGAGUUGACCCUAUACAUAACGCCCUGGUACCACACCAUGGGUCUCAUAGCGUCACUGAGGGUAUUCUCUAAAGGAAACGUCAUGCUGUUCUUGCCGAAAUUCGAAUGUGAUCAGUAUUUACGAACAAUAGAAAACUAUAAGGUCGGCCAGCUGGUGGUGGCGCCGCCUGUGCUGGUAGCGCUGUCAAAAUAUUCUGCUAAAUAUGACGUCAGUUCAGUGGUAGCGGCGUUUUCUGGUGCCGCUCCUCUGAAGAAGGAAACGAUUGAUGCUGCGAAGAAAAGGUUCCCGAACUUGAAGCACGUGUUCCAAGGUUACGGGAUGACGGAGACGACUUUUUCCGUAAUCAGGGAUACUUAUGACUCCGCACAUCUUAGUAAAACUGGCGGAGCCGGUACGGUCGCGGCCUGUGUCGUGAUAAAGAUCGUGGACAUAGAAACAAGACGGCCGCUAGGACCAAACUGUAGGGGGGAAAUCUGUGUGAAAGGCGCUCCAAUCAUGAGAGGCUACGUGGGAAGAGAUCGGGGAGACGACUUUGAUGACGAGGGCUUCUUCAAGACAGGAGACAUCGGUUACUACGACGACGACAAAUACUUCUUUGUGGUGGACAGACUGAAGGAACUCAUUAAAUAUAAAGGCUACCAGGUGCCACCGGCUGAAAUCGAAGCGGUGUUGACCCAACACCCCGAUAUCCUAGAGGCGGGGGUGGUGGGUGUUCCGCACGAGGGGGGCGAAGCCCCACUCGCGUUCGUAGCGCGCCGACCGGGAAGCAACCUAACUGUUGAGGAAGUCAAGAGCUACGUCGCUGAAAAGUUAUCUAACCCGAAGCAUCUCCGCGGAGGGGUCAGGUUCGUCGAGGACAUACCAAAAAAUUCAAGCGGAAAAAUAUUAAGGAAGAAACUCAGAGAAAUGCUGAAGAAUAAGAGCAAGCUGUGAUCCUUUUUUGUAGGCUUAUCGAAUUUACAUCAGUUUUAUAGAAAUAUUAACUACGUCCAAGAUAUCACUUGUAUAGGUACCUAGCUAUUAAUUUUAUGGACGUAUCAAUGUAAAAAAAAAAUGAAAAAGGGACUGCAAUUGUACGUAAAUUUAAUCUAUAGUGCUCAUUUUUGUAUGAACAAGCACGGCGUUACAAUCACGAAUAUAAUAAAAUAAUAGUGAUUUUUUUCAAAUUAACUUCUAUUUUGGUCCUUUCUAGACUUCUAUAGUACUAGAUAAUUGGUGCUUAGUAUUUGGUCCACGAACAUCAUCUUUUUGGUCGUUUACCUUUACGUGUCCUGGCUGAGGGUAGACCUCGGUUGUUUGUACACUUGUCAGAUCCGGACGAUUCAGAAAUAUAGAGAUUGCAGAUAUAUAGAGUAGUUUAGGGAAUCGGAUCAUGUAAUACGAAUUGAAAAUAACAUAACAAAAUUUUAUUCAAUUUUAAACACCUUCCACAAGUUACACAAACAUACGCCAAAAAUGCCUUAAAUCGUUUUGCAAAUGAGGUGCUAUUUCUACACUACCGGACCAAUGAACCAAAGACAAUCAAGAGCGGAACCAAAAAAAAGCCUUCAAUUAAGAAAACCGAAUCGAAAUCUGUCAAUCCGUUUGUGAGCUACGAAACCACAGACACACACAGACUUCAAACUUAUAACACUUCUAUUUUGUGUCGGAUAUUGAAAUAAGACCAACGAAACAAGAUAAAUUUUGUAAAUAACUCGUUCAAUAAAUUGCCCUUGUAUAAUUUUUAAUUGUUGAAAACAAAAAAAUAUUUUUUUUGAAAUGCUCUAAGGAAAU